AUGGCAACCUCCCAAGCCCUACAAGGACUUUCCAAGUCUAGACUCGUCUACCGAGCCCCAGAGCACUCCGAAGACAUUGCAUUUUUCCACGCUCUAAUCAACGACCCUACAAUACAAACGCUGAGCACUGGACGUCUCCCACGCCCAUCUCACAAAAGGUCCGCAGAGGAGUUCAUCAAAUUACUUCAAGAUGCCAUUCUAGGUGUGGUUAUAUGUCUCCCUCAGAAUUCCGCCGAAGCAGAAACAAACUCCUCAACUGAGGCCCAAAUCUUGGAUCAACCUGUUCAAAAUUCCAAGCCAGUCCCAAUCGGCCACGUGAGCCUUUUCAGCGUGGCUGGACCAAAUUACGCUCAUCAUCGCAAUGCGACGAUAGGAAUAUCACUUGCGGACGGGUUCCGGGGAAAAGGUUACGGCGGCGAAGCUAUUAACUGGGCACUGGACUGGGCAUUUCAACAUCUUGGACUGCAUAGAGUCUCUAUAGACGCGUUUUCGUUCAACCAUAAUGCAUUGAAGCUUUACAGAAAGCUUGGAUUUGUGGACGAAGGUCGCGAACGUGAGGCUGUAUACCAUCGUCGUGCUUGGCAUGAUAUUGUCAGUUUAUCCAUGCUGGAGGAUGAGUGGGAAGUUCUGAGAGGAAUGGUGCCUGCCGAGUGA